AUGAUGGGCGCGGCGGGAGGCGAAAGGAGGAGGCGAGAUUGGAAGAAGUCGAUUAAGAACUUGGCACCAACUUCUUCUUCUUCUUUGCCUCAUUUUUCCCCAAUCAGCAGUCUCGAUGAUGGCUGCCUUAUGCACAUCUUCAGCUUCUUAUCUCCGAGCCCAGAUCGGUAUAACACCGCCCUGGUUUGCCACAGAUGGCGUUACUUGGCAUGUCAUCCUCGCCUAUGGCUCAGAGUAGACCGUUCUGUGAAAGAUCUCGAAGAACCUGGAGUCUUCCCCAGUAUCGAGACUGCUGUUUCUGCUGCGAGACCUGGAGAUACCAUUCUAAUUGCAGCAGGAGGGAGUCAUUUUGCCUCUAAUAUUCAGAUAGAUAAACCACUUUGCCUGGUUGGUGGAGGAGAUAUCCCAGAUGAAACAACACUUCUGUGCUGUAGAGGUUCGGACAGCGCGCUGGAGUGCAUUUCGUCUUGCAAAUUGAUGAACCUAACUGUGAGAGCGGAGCUUGGUUGUUGCCUGCUUCAUAGAAGUGGGAGGCUGACCAUAGAUGGUUGUAUACUUCAGUGUGAAUCUAACCCUCUGGACUACCUCUCAUGCCCUAUCGUGAGCACAGCAGGUGCCACCGGGCUUGAAGUCUUAGCUUCUUCCCCUUGCAAGAACAAAAAUGGCAGCAAUAAUAGUGUUGCUGUGUCUGAAACCCGAAUAGAAGGGGGUGCCAAGGCUGUACUCACAAAUGGAGACCUGGCUUUGCAACGUGUUCGUGCUAUUUAUGCUCGCGCUUGUGUCUACUUCUGGUUUGAUGUGGACCAUCAAUGA